AUGUCUGACAACAGUUCCCAAUGGCAUCCUUGCUCAUAUUUGAUGGAAGCACCACAGGACUACGAAGAGUUGCUUGACACAUUUCUGGUGGUCCAAGGACAGCAGUUCCCUGUGAACAGUGGCUUACUGGCAACACACUCCCGUGUCUUCCGCAUGAUGAUGAUGGAUCUGAAGGGUGCUGGGCAUUCAACUGCGGAUGAGAAAAUGUCCAUACCGCUUGAUGACUCAGUUUCUGCUAAAGAUGCUGAAUUGUUGCUUUCAUUUGUGUAUUGCAAGCGCACAGAAGUGGACAUGGUCGAAGAGGCAAAAACGCUAAUAUUGCUUGCUGACAAAUAUGACAUACCAUUCUUGGGCCCAUUGGUGGAGCGAGGGCUAUGCCGAUCGAUGGACAAGCUGGUAUUCAUGAAGGAGAAGCGGCCUGUUGCUAUGGAAGACUGCCACAAUGCCGGCUGGUGGCUGGCGGUGGCAGAGCGCAUGAAGCUGGAGGACCUUAGAAUGACCUGCCUGUGUGUCAUAAUCCGUGACUUGGGCCGAAACAGCGACUUUCCGAAAGAGAACAAACAAGCGUUGGUGUCGCUGCAGAUUUACGGAGUGACUGUGGACGCAGUAUGCGAAAUUGCUGCUGCAAUUGUGAAUGCUGCUGAAUUCCAUGACGUCAGUGUCGACAUUUAUGAUGAAGAUUAUGAAGCAUUUGAAACUUUGCAGGUGCACCAUGUUCGCAACCGCACAACUAAAGCAUCUGCGGAACAAUUUGAUGUGAACCUGGAAAUUGACUGUGAUGCGUUGCCACUGACACUGAGGCUGUUAUGGCUUCGUUGA